CACGGUCGCGGCAGCUGCGGAUAAAUGGACACGAUUGUGGGGCGCGGCGAUGUUGUUCUCCGGGUGGAAGCCAAUGGGCCUUGGGCACCCUGGAGUGUUUCCCGGUGUUAUCCUUCUUGCUACCUUGAUCCUCCUGGCUGGCCACGGACAACGUCACCGUUUUUCUGUCUCCGCCAUCACCUACUGGCCCCAGCUGCCCUGAUCCCCGACGAGAUCCAGGUGAUUGACUGCAUUUUUAACACUUUUCAUAAUGGAGUUUCCUGAUUUGGGGAAGCAUUGUUCAGAAAAGACUUGCAAGCAACUAGAUUUUCUUCCACUAAAGUGUGAUGCAUGUAACCAAGAUUUCUGUAAAGAUCAUUUUACCUAUGCUGGCCAUAAGUGUCCUUUUGCAUUCAAGAAGGAUGUCAAGGUCCCUGUGUGUCCACUUUGCAAUGUCCCCAUCCCUGUAAAAAGGGGAGAGAUACCAGAUGUGGUGGUGGGAGAGCACAUUGACAGAGAUUGUGCGUAUCAUCCUGGGAAGAAGAAAGAGAAGGUCUUCACGUACCGAUGCUCAAAAGAAGGAUGUAAAAAGAAGGAGAUGGUGCCGCUGGCUUGUGCACAGUGCCAAGGCAGCUUCUGCAUUCAGCACAGACACCCGCUGGACCACAGCUGCAGAGCCAGGUGCUCAGCAACCAGUGCUUCUGAGUCUAAGCCGUCCUCCAGUUGGCUGGCCCAGCGACUCAGGUGGAAAACCAAAUGACAACACGCGAGUAUCUGGUGUUGGCGCUGCACCUGAAAUCAUUCCAUAUACAGUUAACUUUGUAGAUGACUAAUGUACUCGUAUCUUUUUUCAUCCCAGGUCAAGCAGUCAAACUUUAUUAAACAUUUCCAAUAAAGCAUUCAAAUUGUUUGGCAAAAUAAACAAUCAGAGAGAGAUUGAUGCUCCAAGGCAGGUUAUGUCACCACAGCAACAAAAUUUGGUGACUUCAAAAGCGAGAUCUGAGUAAGCUGUAUUGUAUGGGCAGUGAACUGGUUCAAGAUCCAGUCUUUGGAAAGUUUCCAGCAUGUAAACGACAGACAGCUGACCAUAAGUCUGGGUCUUGCCCGUGUGGCUUCUGUAAAGAGGUGUCUGUCUGGACCUAGGAAGCAGGAUACAUUAUUAAGGGUCCUUGUCCAGAUGGCCCUCAGUCCAUGAGAGAAUGUAUCUGGGCCGGACUGGUCUUGAGGGAGAGCAUGCUGUCUGCCACAGCUGACUUCUUAAACCAGAUGAUACCUAGCCUGUAGACGGCUUAUUUGUACCUGGGUUUGCUGUCAACUGCAAGAAAAAAGUCAUAAAAUGCUAGCAGUGUCUGGUAUUGAAGUGAUAGAAACUUCCAGAAGCAAUUUAAAACCAUGAUGCAGGCAGAGGGCUUCUUUGAGUACUGGAGGUUAUAGGGGCUAGUUUUAUGAUUUUGAGGCGGAAGGAGCUAAACUUUUAAGCUUAAGAACCACCCAGUUCAGUUGUUAGAAAACCUUGAUGUAUGUUGUGUAUGUGAACCGAUUUUGUAACUGCAGAUUUGGCUGGGGGUGGGGGGUAGAGGUUUAAUGCACAGUCUUGCACAUGCUAAGCAUGUGCUGUAGAAUUAAGUCUUGUGAAAUCUAAAUACAAAUCACUGUUGAAAACUCAAUGUUCACAUUAAGGUGUAUCCAGAUUGAGAACCAAAGCACACCAGGAUUUGAAGACAAUAUUAAAAUGUAACUGUAAUUUUAAAAACAUUGUUUACAUGUUGAAAUGAUGUCUUAGGUAUGAUUGAUUAAUAAAACAUGAAGAUUAAUUUCA